GGUCCUUGUUGGUUCAUGAGCAGAAAAUAAAUCUGCAAGACAAGGAUGAAGUAGCAUUGAAGUCAGUGUUGUCUUCGAAAGGAACAGAAAGGAAAAGAGACGAGAUAAGUCGCAAGUUGAAUGCUAUCAAUGUCACCGAUUUUGGACACUAUCAACCUGAGUGUCGUACCAAUUUAAAUAGGAAUCGUGGCAGAAGAUCUAACUUUGUAGAGACAAAGGAAGAUAGGGAAAUCAAGGAAGAGGAAGAGGAAGAGGAAGUUUCACUUUUGAUGGCAUAUACUUCCAAUGGGAAAGUUUCUGCUCAUUUAUGGUAUCUCGAUACCGGUUGCACUAAUCACAUGUGUGGGCAGAAAGAGGCAUUCUCAGAGUUGGAUGAAAGUUUUCAAGACACUGUGAGAUUUGGAAAUAAUUCGGUGGUCUCUUCCAAGGGUAAAGUGAAGAAGAUGCAUGGCAUUAAUUUAAAUUUUGCGAGCUUGAAGUUUUUAAAGCAAAAGGAAUUGGUGUUGGGUCUUCCAAAGCUUGAAUCUCCAAAUGCAGUAUGUGAAGAUUGUGUUGUUAGCAAGCAACACCGUGAACCAUUUUCAGCAAGCAAGUCGUGGAGGGUAAAUAAGGUGCUAGAGUUGAUACACUCGGAUAUCUGUGGUCCAAUAAGUCCCACAUCGAAUAGAGGUAAACGCUAUUUCAUUAGCUUCAUUGAUGAUUAUAGCAAAAAUACAUGGGUUUGUUUCUGUAAAGAAAAAUUUGAAGCGCUUGAAACUUUUAAGAAGUUUAAAGUGCUUGCUCAAGUUAAAUGCUUGCGGACUAAUCGACGUGGCGAAUACAACUCACAAGAAUAUGUAGAAUUUUGUGAGAAGCAUGGAAUUAAGUGGCAACUUACAACAACCUACACACCUUAG